AUGCCCUGGAGGCCGCUGCCUCGCAUUGCCUUUGCGGUGGCCAUAUACCCUUUCAAUCCUUCAUCUCCCGCGGACCUACCUCUCGAACUCGGUGACGAAUUGUACAUCAUUGAACAAGGAGGCUCAGAUGGAGAAUGGUGUCGAGGAUACCUAGUUGCGCCGCCGUCAUUAUUGGCGGGGUUGACUAGCACCAAGGGUCAGACCUUGGAAGCACGUGUUUUCUCGGGUAUCUUUCCACGGAACUGCGUAGAGAUUCGGGAAGUACUGGGCGAUGGCGAGGGAUACAAGCAUUUAAUGAAUGGGAAUGGGGACCGAAAGAGCUUCGAUCGAUUGACACUCUCCGGACUGGACUUUGAAGGCCAGUCACGGAAUAGCCUGGCGUACUCGUUGGGUGAGUAUCAAGCCGGCGAGGUGUCCGACGUGGUCCUGGCGAGGAAGGGAAAGCCAUCGCAAAUAACGAUUCACAAGUCAGAUGAUUCGGAUUUGGCGAGUCCGCGCUCCGUGCAGACCUAUCGAGGUGGUUCAAUUCCUCACACGCCAGUGUCUUUCGCGCCCCGAGAUCCCGAUGCGCCAAAACCUGCUGCGCCUGUUCCCAUGCUCAAGAUUGGUGAUGAGACUCCGACUUCAUUGACAGAACCUCUGGUGGAUGAGAUUGCUUCUUGUCUACGCGAAUGGCACUCUACGAAUUUGCACGAGCUCCUACUAGCGCGAAACUACGAAGUUUUGGAAGAGAUGUCGACAAUUGUACAGGAGUUGGAUUUUGCCAGGAGACAAUUAUUGCACAAUGUUUUGACCAGCAAGGAGAAGGAGGCACUACGGGAUGAAACAGUUUGGAAGCUAGUUCGAGCAAACAAAAUGCUCAGUGGAGAUAUUAUUGUUCGAGAUCCCGAUCAAAGAGGCCGACUUUUAACCGGAGAGGACUCUGCAAUUCAACUCGCCAAGUUACAAUCGGAAAUGAGUAUGCUGGAUAGUCGACCCACCAGCUCCUCAGAUACCACAGCUUUGCAUCAUUUACUUCUCGAAAUCAGUGCUGUAUCUGGCAACAUCCCGGGUCCCGUCUCUUUGGCCAUCCAACUCUUCUCCCGGUCUGAUGCCGGGGUCUUCAAUCCAUUAUCGGAGACAUUCAGUUUGGAUAUCCCGUCUCCGGAAAAGUUCGUCAGCUUGACCCAAAGCAACAAGCUGAAGACUUUGUUCACGGAUUUGGCUGCAACGGACAUUGGAGAUGGCACUACCAGUGGCCGUCAACUUUACCUUGCCACUUCUGUGCGGGCUGCAGAAAUGCGCUCAACGGUCGAGAGCACCCCAGCUCCACGAGCCUCCAUGUCCCGAGAUGGCCCUGGGUCUCCCAAGUCAGGUGUUGCAGCCGGAGGCGUUCAGCCAUCUGUGAAGGGCAGCCUAAGAACUCGGCGCAGCAUGAUGUGGACUCCCAAGACCCGAACCGGUACCAGCAUGGAUGGGCCACCAAAGCCCCCUAGCCAGGGAAUUCCGCGGUCUUCGAGUAGCGCAUCCUCUGCCAAAGAGGCUACCACCGCCCAGCCUCAGCCCAUCAAGGAGACCUCCGCCAUCCGCACUAUCGGUGUUGGAAUCCUGGAGGUUUCCCCAAUUCUCAAACAAGAUCGCGAUGCCGAGCAGGUUAUCAACAUCUGGUCGCCUUCUCGUGAGGGUGAUGAAGGCGAAAGCAAUGCUGAUGGAUUCGACAAACUCCUACAUGUUCUCUUGCCUAGUCACACUGGUCGCUAUGUGCGCUCAGAUUACGCUGCCCGCUUGCAUGUACACCUUCAUCCUUUUGUGAGCACUGACCCCGAAAGCCUUGUGCGUGAGAACCCCACGAUGAUGCACGAUGUUGUUCAGACCAGGCGCGUUGGCUUCUCUAAAGCUCCCACAAAGCCAAGAUCCGAUAUCUAUGUCUCCCUCUUCCAGGCCGUUUUCCCAACCGAUGCUCUCCUCUCUCAUCCAACCGCGGGUCAAAUUCCUCUGCAAACAACUACUGGGUUGCAAAACUUGCAACUUACUCUAGAAGUGCGUGAUGCCUCUGGGGCCCGUAUAGAUCGCUGCGUUUACCCGUCAUCAGCCAACACGUCGCAUACCGCUUGGCGAACGACAAUUACGGCCAGAGGCUCUCCUUGGAACCAAACAAUCCGUCUCAAGAUUCCUACGGAACGGAUCCCUGGAUCGCACAUCAUUAUGAGUGUGGCAGACGCACCUGAGUUCCCAUUCGCCCUGGCUUGGAUGCCACUUUGGGACCAGCAAGCGUUUAUUCGAGAUGGCAAUCACUCGUUAUUGCUGCACGCCUACGAUAAGCAGACCUCCAGUAUGGAGAACGGAAAGGGUGCUUACUUGGGUCUUCCUUGGAGUGCACUUGGCAAGAAUGAAUCCGCCAAGGAUGAAGCACUGACAGGUCCACUGGCAACUCUGCGCCUGGAGACACAUCUGUGCAGCACCGAGUACUCCCAGGACCAAGUGAUUCUGAGUUUAUUGAACUGGAAGGAGCGACCAGUUGAUGAGGUGCUUGAUACUCUCAAACGGGUGCUCUUCGUUCCUGAGAUGGAAAUCGUCAAGCAACUACGUGGCGUUUUUGAUGCACUUUUCGGUAUCUUGGUGGAGAAUGCCGGCAAUGAUGAAUACGAAGAUUUGAUUUUCAAGAACCUUGUCACAGUGCUGGGCAUUGUCCACGACCGUCGAUUCAGUCUGGCGCCUUUGGUUGAUCAAUACGCAGACGAGAAAUUCGACUUCCCCUUUGCUACACCAUGCCUCAUUCGAAGCUACCUGCGUUUGUUGAAUGCCCCUACAGACCCACAGCAGUCUCGUAACUUGCGUGCUGCGUUCAAGGUUGGCCGCCAUCUGCUUAAGUUCAUUAUUAAUGCUCGUGAGCAGCAGAAGGCCAAGGAAGAGGGCAUUGGAAUCACUUCCGUACAGUCAACAUUUAACAGAGACCUGCACACAAUCUUCAAGUCGAUGGAGAAUCUGAUGAAGAAUUCGAACCCCGCUUUAGUCGGUAGUAAGACACUGAUUGUCCAGCACUUCCAUUCAUGGCUGCCUGAACUAUCCAAGGUCUUUGGCCGUGACGAAAUGAUUAUGAUCGCGUUGAGUUUCAUGGAUUCAUGCAAGGAUGUGACCGGUAUGCUUGUGCUGUACAAGCUGGUGCUCAUCCAAAGUUAUACCCAGUUCGACAUAUUUGCUUCCGGUGAAGAGAGACAGACACUUAUUUCCAGCUGUGUGGGCUGGUUGAAGCCAUACUGGGGCUCGACUGCAGGUGUUUCGGACCAAUAUCGUGAUCAGGUCCGCUUGAGUAGCGCGAUUGUUGCACAGCUUCUCACCCAGCCUGACUCACAACUAUACGAUUUCAUGCCGAGUGUUGUUGCUUCUUACUGUGCUAUUUCAACAGAGGGAGUUGAGGAGACGGAGUAUCUGUCACUUCUAUUCAGCAAGUCAUUUCCCUUCCAAGUCAAAACAUCUCAGACACCUCAGCCAUUUGAUGAGUCCUUGGUCGAGCUUUCUGCCAUCAUGGCUGCUUUGGCUAAGAUAGUCUCGCCCAAGACCCCUCGUCUCAAAGAAUUGGAGCUUGCAACCUUUGUUGCUCAGGCAUUUGAGGCCCAUAACUCCAUCAUGGACUGUGAGGCAUACCCGGAGAGCUGGUUCAGUAUCCAUGUUUACAAUCAUCGUGCCGCUAUAAAGAGUUUGGAGCAUCUGGCUGUGAUCCUGGUCGACCGUUUCCUUCCUGCCCCUGAUGAUGCGGAUACCUUCGAUACCAAGCUCUGGGAAUCAUUCUUCACUACCCUGCUGAAGGUUAUCUCCAGUGACGCGCUUGCUCUUGAGACCUUCCCAGAGCAAAAGCGGCGGGCUGUUUGGAAGAUCGCAGGUGAUGUUCGAGAGCAAGGUGCCGAUCUCCUGCACUCUAUUUGGGAGUCUAUCGGUUGGGAGACCACUGACGAUGAGCGUGAGCGGUAUAACCUGAAGCGCAUGGGUGGAUAUCAGGUUCAAUAUGUACCCAACCUGGUGCCUCCUAUUAUCGGGCUAUGCUUGAGUGUUCAUGAAGGUCUGCGCCAUGUUGCCGUGCAUAUCCUUAGGACGAUGAUCCUGAGUGAGUGGGAUCUGAACCAGGAUAUUUCGAUUAUCGAAACCGAAAUCAUCUCUAGCCUGGAUUCACUCUUCAAGUCUAAGCACAUGAGUGAGAGUGUCAGUCAGAAAAUCUUUGUCAACGAGUUGCUCGACCUUUUCGACACUGAUGGCACUGAGGAUGAGUUGUUGAACGCAGUCAAGGGUCUAAUUUCUACUGUAGAUGAGCUUCUUGAUCUCCUUGUUGCUUCUCAGAGCAGUGCAUCGAUUCAGAGUCUGCAUGCUCUGAAGCUCAUGGAGUACAUGAAAGAUAUGGGACGUGAGGACAUUUUCAUCCGUUAUGUUCAUGAAUUGGCCGACGGCCAGGCUUCCGCUGGCAAUUUCACAGAAGCUGGUUUGGCACUUCAGUUCCAUGCCGAUCUUUAUGAGUGGGAUGCCAUUAAGCCUCUUCCUGAGAUUAUGAACCCGGCCUUCCCCGUUCAAACAGCGUUUGAGCGAAAGGAGUCACUGUACUUUUCGAUCAUUCAGCACUUUGAAAAUGCAAUGGCCUGGUCGCCUGCUCUAGCUUGCUACAAGGAGCUCGCUGCACACUACGAAGCCACGACUAUGGACUUUGCGAAGCUCUCUCAGACCCAGAACUCCAUGGCUCGCAUUAAUGAUUAUGUUGCUAAGGGUACUAGCCAGUUCCCGCGUUACUUCCGUGUUGUCUACAAGGGUCUCGGAUUUCCUGCCAGCUUACGUGACAAGGAGUUUGUCUUCGAAGGAUCGCCGACUGAACGCAUGGCUUCGUUUGUAGACCGAAUGCAACGGGAGCAUCCUUCUGCGCAGAUCAUGUCCUCUGGCGAAAUCUCCGAUUACGAAGGCCAGUUCCUCCAGAUUACCGGUGUGACUGCUUACCGUGAGGUUUCCCAUCCUGUCUAUCAGCGGUCGAAGAUUCCUCUUUCCGUGCGAGACCAUUUGUUAAUCUCCAACCCCAUUCGAUUCACAGCUACAUCGCGUAGACACACCAGCGGUUCAGAUGUGCGCGAACAAUAUGUGGAGAAAUUCAUCUUCACUACUGCAGAUGCCUUCCCCAACAUUCUUCGUCGCAGUGAAAUCGUGUCAGUUCAAGAGGUUGCUUUAUCUCCCUUGCAGACUGCCAUUGAACGCACGUGCCGCAAGACCCAGGAGUUGCACAUUCUUGAGCGACGUGCAGUAAGUGGCGAGGACAAUACCUUGUCGAAUCUCACUGAAGCGCUGGAUCAACUUUUGGAAACUACUCGCUCUUCGUCUUCGAAUUGUGUUGCGCUAUACCGCAGCUUUCUGACGGGUCCACAAGGCGCUAAGGAUAAGCUUGACGAGACAGAUGAAGAUGGCCUCGACGAGGAUGGCUUUAAUGAAGAUGAGGCUUUGCCAGAGACCAUAGAUCCCAUGGAGAAUGCGCUUGCUGUUGCCUUGAUUGACCAUGCCCUGGGAAUCAAGCAUGCACUUUCCCUCUAUCAGCGCCCAGCUCAGCAAGCAACACAGGCAGAGCUGCUGCGUCGCUUCGAGCAUGUCUUUGAACCCGAAUUAGCGUCUCUCUCUUCAUCAGCUUCCGAUUACCGAACAUCCCCUACUCCUAUUCACACCGCUCGCCAGUCACCCAACUCAGAAAGCCGAAACCAAAAUGCUCAAAGGUCUGUCAGUCCUGAGCAAGAACUUAUGCGGCGACAAUCCCGCUCGAAUGGACAUACUCGUAAGCGAUCCGAUCGCCACUCAGUCAGUCAUCGUAUCAGCAUUAUGAACCCAUUCAAGCGGCACGGCCCCUCGAAUUCCAUCUUCACUAUCCAACAAUCAGACGUCAAGGCUCAGAAUGUCCCUGUCGAGCAGGAAGAAAAUGAUGACGAUGCCGCAACAGUACACAGCCGCGCAACAAGUCACUCGCGCGGUGGCAAGAGUGAGAAGCGCCGAAGCUGGUUUGGGGGUGAUAAGAAGCAUGGCUCAAAUCCUUCACUUGCAGGUGUAGCGGAUGAAAUUCCCUUGAAGAAGAGACCAUCGCGUAGCGCCUCCCGCGAUACAGCAGCUCAAUCUCAUGAGGGUCGCAGCCGCGCUGGCUCCCAGCAUCGUGGACCUCCUGCUCCUGGUACCUCUGGCACAUCAUCCGAUCGACCUGCCCCUGCUGCGAGUGGCGGCUGGUCCACACUCCCCUCCACACGCGAUUACUCUCGUCCUGCGACGCGCGAUAGUACGCAACCCCCGCGGGAGUUAUCGAUCAAUUCUCAUUCCAGUGUGAAUGCCAAUGGUCACGGCAAUGGGACUACCACCAGAGUUUCGUCAGAACAGACACACAGCCAUGGCCAUCCCGGAGUACGAGACUCUGUGUUCCGACGAUUCAGUCUUCUGAAGGGUGUCGGUCGCAAGAGUAGUCGCAUGGACUUCAAGUCAAAUGGCACACUUGCAGAAGAGUGA